AUGAAAUUUCUUCUCGAACUGAUCCAAUCUCAAUCUCAUGACGCAUCAGAAUUAGUAGCAAUCAGUACAGAUGCCCGAGAAAGUGGACUAAGAGACGAAAAAGCUACAAUACACGAGUUCAUUGAUACCUUGGAACGGAUCACCAAUGAACUGAGAUCAGAUCCCAAUGCAACUGCCUUCCUGAGUAGGGUUAGGAAAGCUGACGCAGCUGAUUACUAUGAUGUAAUCAAAAAACCAAUGGAUCUGGGUACGGUACUGAAGAGAGUCAAAGCUGGGGUAUACAAAACAAAAUCAGCAUUCAACGAUGAUCUGGAAUUAAUUUGGACGAAUUGCUUCACCUACAAUGAAAAUAGGAACCAUCAUCUUCGUGCAGCUGCUGAAUCCUUAAGGAAAAAAGCCCAGGACUUGUUGAAGUUUGUCAGCGAGCCUUCAAUCAAUCGAUCAACCCCCAACGGAGCAUCACAACUCGCCAAUCGGGCGGCGCAAGCAGUUCCCGGUCCCUCAAGUCCUUCCACGACACCAAACUUACCACUACUGGGGCUGAAGUUGGCAGAAGAACGGUGGAGGAAGACUGAAAGAGGUCGUACAACAAUAACCGAAGAGCCGCCACUGGAAAGCGAAAAUCCACCAGCAUCUCCAAGCUUUGAACAGAACGCGUCUGAUCUUCCUCAGAGUAGCGGUACAAUCCCAACAUCACAAUCUGAGCUUCGAUUGGAGCAGCGAAAGGCGCUAAUUCGAGACCCUCAACAAAUGCGAAAUUGGUUUGAAUGCCGAGAAGAUGAACCAUUUGAGAUCGUCGAGGCGGACUUACUAAUGACUGGUCUGCCCGCUCUACCCUUCGCUCCUCGCUCCAUCUCUAAACCGCGUGAACGAAAGAAAGACAAAAGGAAAGAACAACAACAGUCUACUACACAUGAAGGACUGAAAACCCCGAUCUCAGCUAAUAUCAACACUUUAUGGGAGAUCAAAAAGGUCUAUCGAAAGCUUUCGAACUUGCUGAUGGGCAACCCGCUUAGAAGUGAAAUGGGAACAGAACAAAUUCUCGAGGAAGAUGAGCGGGUGAAACCAAUUGGGUCGGACGACAAUGGCUCCGAUGAAGAGGAAGAGGACGAGCCUCAACCGGCGAAGUUUUUAAAAAACUUGCCUUCGGCUGAAGUUUAUGAAACCUGUCUGGCACAAUCUGCCGCCCAGAAUGCAAUGUUACAAAUAAUUACCAUGAUGAUUGCCCAUGUUGGGUUUGACGCAUCACACACGGGAGCGCUAAAUUGUCUAACAGAGAUCGCGAUUCAAUACUUAUGCAACAUUGGCCGGACAUUGCACUUUUUUGCCGACCGAUUCUCAUCAGUGCUAUCCCCCAGCGAAAUGGUUUAUCAAACGCUACGAGCAAAUGGUGUUGGUGGGCUGGACGAAUUGGAAAGCUACGUAAAAGAUGAUGUGGAUAAAUAUGGGAACAAACUGAAUGAUUUACUGCGUAAAUUACAAGCCGGCUAUGGAAAUGGAUUGGCUGGAACAGCGGCCAAGGUGAUCGGUGAUGAUGACUUCUUUUCAAGGGACGGUGAAGCUCUGAUGACUGGGGAGUUUACGAGUGAACUGGGUGAAGAUUUCUUCGGCUUGCGAGACAUUGGACUAGAUUCAGAGUUAGGAUUGUCCUCUUUGAGGAUCCCAAGUCGGUUAUUUCACGGGCGGCCCAAACCUGAAGACAAUCAAACAUCAGCAGAAGAAAUCGAGGAUAAACCAAAACCUGAGCCAAGGUUUAUAAAACCCCCGGAAUUUAUACCCUUACAACCAGAGUGGAUAGAAGAGCAGAUUGGGCUACUGCGACCGAUUUACAAAGCGAGACUAGAGACCAAAGAUUUCAAACUGAAAGAUGAUACUCAAGUGACAAGAUUGCCAAAGAUCAUCCGACCUAAGGUCCCUCCUUCCGGCAAAAUCCCUAUCAAAAGAAGAGCCGUCCCUACUCCCCAAUCUAACCACAACUCCGACUCCAUUCAAACUGCUAAAAAGAAGGUUAAGCUUGAUACUGCCCCUCAAGUUCUUUCAACCCCUUCUAAUACUCAAAAACUCAAUAAAAAUCUCAUGGUUGAUCCUCCCAAAAAUAAUGGGACAACUGAGGAUGUGGUCAUGAAAUGA